CCUGAGUUCACACUCUUUCCGUGUACACCGUACGCUCGAAAUGGAGAACGUCGUCGACGAGGACGACGAUUUCGGCGAUCUCUACGCCGACGUCGAAGUCCAAGCAAGCUCAGCAAUAAACACCGUACAUAUUUCAACGCAGCUUCAAACGGAAGUCAACGAUGUUGACUGUAAUGCCGUCGGUAAUUUCAACGGUGAAAAUGCAGUAAGUGAAGAGGAAGAGGAAUGCGAGAGCGAGAGUGAGGAUGAUUUAAACAUAGUGUUGAAUGAUGAUGAAGAAGAUUAUGAAAAUCAUUUUCUCAAUGAAGAUGAAAUUGAGGAAAAUGCUGAAGGAAAUGGCUCAGGACAAAAUUCAAACAGCAGCGAAAACGGCAAUGCAGAAAAAAACAGUUACAAGAACACCAGACCUCCACAAGCAGCAUAUUCAAGUCAUCUCAAAGCCGAUGGAUCUUCUUGCUUACAUUCUUACUCUACAGCAUUGGUCAAGUGCACCUGGGAUAAUAAUGGCUACAUGCAAAGGAUGGGCUCAGGCUCUGCUGCUCAAAAUGGACAGAGCUUCUCACUUCCUCGGUCGAGGAAUAUCUUGGACAUGAAUAUUGAUAUGUUUGAGAAGAAACCUUGGCGGUAUCCAGGUGCUGACUUGACAGAUUAUUUUAAUUUUGGUUUCGAUGAAGAUAGUUGGAAACAGUAUUGCAAUUGCCUGGAUAAGCACCGAGAAAAGGCCAAAAGGGUAGUCAAGGAUUCAGACUACAAGACUUCGAAAAAUAGUAAGCCAAAAGGUAGAGAAAUUGAGGUGGAAGAGAGCAUCAUUGAGCGUCAACCAUCGACAGAUGUGGAACGUUCGCAGGAUCGGGAUUCUGAUGUUGUCAUACAGAUUGCUUUGCAGGAUUCAUUGGAAGAUCCCAUAAACUCUCCAAAAGAGCAGCGGGAAUCACCUGAGAAUGGAGAUGUUGGGAGAAAUGGAAGGGAUUUUCUCUGUUUUAGUAGUGCCAGUGAAGAUGAGUUAGCCAGCUUGGAAGGAAGAGGAGUAUCAGGCAACUCUACAUCUAGAAGGAACACACCUGUUCGUGAACACGUGUCUAUGGAUUCAGAUAACAACGGAAACUGUGAGUUCUCCGAUGCAGAUGAGCAUCCCCACCGAGAGGGAACUGAAUGUGAUGUCUAUCAAACCUCGGGAGCAAUUGAAUCUUCUCAUGAUGCGAAUAAAAGCAGUGUGAGAGACAUAUCUGAUCCAAGAAAAUCUGUAAUGUUGCAAGAACCACUGCAUGGUGAAGGCCGACAGCAUAGCCCAGGUUCAUCUUGUUGUUCUCUAAGUCAUAGUGAUGCAUCUGAAGAUGGGGCUUUUCUUGACAUUGAGAAAUCCCAUGAUCAUCAUAUAAGGUCAUUACCAAAUGCAGACUCUGAGUUACUGGAGAAGGGUACAAUUGAUUACCAGCCAGUUUCCGGAACCCGUUAUAUCCAAACAAAGUCUGGUGGUUCUAAAUAUUUUACACGAGGUAGAAAGCCUGUGCGAAGAGAUCUGCUGCAUGACAGAAGAAGACCUGGUAGAAUGAGUGAAACUCACCUGAAAGUUGAAGAUUCCCGCAAAUCUGAUGCUAGGAUACUGUAUGAAAGGCGUAAUUCAACUGUGAUCCAACACAGACAUAGGGAUAAACGGUAUGCUUUUGACUCUCAUGAAAGAGAAGAUACUUCACAUUUUAAGAGGGCAGAACCCUUUUACUGUAAUGCAGGAAGAUUUUCUGAUUAUCCAUGCCGGGAUUCCUAUAAAAAAGAUCCUGAGAGGGAAUGUCAGUUAGAAUACAGAUAUGACAACAACUGGUGUAGCAGUCGAAGCACGAAAAGAAAGCUAAAUCCUCUUGAACUAUCAACAUAUGAUGAAUUGUCGGAAAGAGAUCAAUCCCAUUAUGGGAGCAGACUCACUGUUCAGGACAUGGACAAUAAUUCUUUUCAUGAAUCAGAACAAUGGAUUGAUAAGCACAUUCCGUAUCUAGAUGAUGAGAUACCCAGUCAACAAAUGUGGAAAAUUGAUCAGUUGCAGAGUAACAGCAGAAUGAGGACUGAUGAUCUUGUAACUGAAUGUAAUUACAUCUACGAUAUCAUGGAAGAGACAGAUAACAGAUAUAGAUCAUACAACAACAGGGAUACUAAUAUUAUAGAAGAUGGCUAUCAUGUAAAUUUGACUUAUUUCAGAAGAGAAACUAAAAGCCCUAAUAGGGGCAAAAGGAGAGAUAACAGUUCCCACGAUAGUUUAAAUAAUGUAUUUUGCAUGGAUCUAAAGGAUGAGGAAGGGAGAUUUGACGCGUAUCGACCUCCAUCCUUUCGUUUGUAUAGGGAACCUUGUACAGCUAGCAGAAGGUGGCAGAGCCCUGAACUUCCACGUGGAAGACAUGGAAUAUUCAGUGGGACUAGGAAAUGUCAAGAUGGUGGUCAGUCUGCUAAUUUGACCAAUUCUAUUAGUGCUGAUCAGAUAAUCAAGUAUCCUGGUAAUCAGGGUAAUUUUAAAAGAGGAAGAAGGUACUGGCAAUCUGAAGGGUUGCACAGGGUUGAAGAUGAAAAUAUUAGGUAUCAGCAAAAUAUAUUAGAUUCCGAGAAGACAUCAUAUUCAUUCAGAAGAAGUUCAAGUGACAAAAGGUUUGAGUCAUUUGACAAUAAACAUGGACCCGAUCUAGUAGAAAAGCUUUUAGAUGACAGACAUGUGGAUCAUGAAAAAUACAAAUUGAUCAGGGAAGGCAAUAAAGCCAGUCAAUUUGGUCAAGGGUCUAAAUUUUUUCAUAGAGAUAAUCGGUGGAGAUUCCCAAAGGGGAGAGAUUCUUUUGCCACGGGCUUGGUUGUUGAGAACAGAGAGUCCUCCGGAAGAUGCUCCAAAGCAGGGGGUGUAACAUACUUUGGCAGGAGGACACUCAGAAGUCGAAACCUGACAACUGAUCCUAAAGAAAAUGAGAAAGAGAGGCUUGACAUAUUCUCAGAUGCCCAGCAGCAAGAGUCUUUGGAUAUUGAAGAGGGAGAGAUAAUUUCUGAAGUAAUGAAUGAGAGAACCAUUAAAAGGAGAAGCACUUGUUUUGGAAAAUCGCAAGUCAGUGAAAUGAAGAAUUUUGCUAAUGAUAAAGAUGUGGAGGGAAAGGACAACCCUAAAAUUUUGGAGAUCAUGGCAAAGAUGGAAAAGCGUGGAGAGCGUUUCAAGCAGCCUAUUGCUCUAAAAAGUGAUUCAAAGAAUAUCUCCAAGCCUUCCGUUGAUUUGUUUACUGGCACGACUGAAGCUAUGCAACCAAGACCAGCACGAAAGAGGAGAUGGGUUGCAAGUGAGGCCAACUAAAGCGAAUGUUUCAUCAAAUGCCAUUGGCUGUGUGGUCAUAUUAGAGGAUCUGCCUCUUAGUUCACCUUCAUAACUGGAUCUGUAUAGUGGCAUUCCACCUACAGAAAUGGCUGCUGAUGGUAUAUCUGGGGUUAAGAAGAAUACUUUUCCCAUGAAAAGAGGGAAAAAGAAAACACGUCUAAUAAAGGAUAUUGUUGUCUCUGCUAAACUCCAUUUUUCCUCUUAAAAGUAUAAUCGAUUAUUUUGAUGUCAAAAGGAUUUAAGUUGCUCAUAGCAGGCUACCAGUGAUGGUAUGAUUUGAGUUCUUAGAAUUCCCAAUUUUACAGGAGGAAGCCAUUGGUGGCUCCAUUGUAUAAUGUCUCAAUUCUUAGGUUUGUCAUCUUUCUUGUAGUUCCUUAAAUAGGUUUUGGAAGCAGUGGCAUGGAAAAAGCUGUUCUUGUUCGAUGCAAUGGUUCGGAGCUACAGGUUCAAAUUGUCAGCUCGCAUGAAAUAUUUGCCUUCUGCUGUACAACAGGAAGGCUUAUUUUUCAUUUUGCUUUCCUUGUUUAUUAAGUUAGUACGUAGAACAAUUGACUUAAGGAUAAUAUAGUAAGUACAGAAGUAACAUUUUGGUGUCUAGUUUAUAGUUGUAAGUCGUAGAGACUUAUGGGUAGUUGGAACCUUGGAGGCCAUUUACAGAAUACAUUUCACCUCUUGGCCUGGGCGAAAUUAAGAGGGAAAGAAAUAACGUAUGUGCUAUCUGCUACUUCUUAUUCAGCUUUUCAAAAGUUUUGAGUGUAGAAAAACAUGUUUAAGGGACUA